AUGGACGUCGUUAGUUUGUUAGUUUACUUAUUUCUGUUUGCUUCAUUUAACUAUGUUCGAGUUUGCGCAACCCCGUUGGCAUUUACUUUGAACGAUGGCAAUGAAAUACCAGCCAUAGCUUUGGGGACCAGCUUAGUAUUACCAGUGAACCAUUCACUGGCACGUGCUGUGCAAUGGGCCCUAGAGUCUGGAUACAAACAUAUCGAUACCGCCCCUCUAUAUCGCGUUGAGGACGAAGUUGGUCUGGGCAUACGUAAUUUUCUGAAAGAUAAAAAAGGCGACCGUCGUGACUUGUUCAUAACAACUAAAUUAUGGAACGACGCUCACGAAAUGGAUGAGGUAGUCCCGGCUUUAACAACGUCACUACAGGAAUUGAAACUGGACUACGUAGAUUUGUAUCUUGUUCAUUAUCCAAUGGCGUACAAGAGAGAUGGAAGUAUUAGUAUGACUGACUAUCUUGAAACAUGGAAAGGAAUGGAAAGUGCCAAAAAUCUAAAUCUUACUAGAUCAAUAGGUGUCUCAAAUUUCAAUAUUAUUCAAAUGCAACGUCUUUGGGACAACAGUGAAAUAAAACCUGCUGUUUUGCAAAUUGAGGUUAAUCCAACCAUAACUCAAAACGAGUUAAUUGAUUGGUGUCGUGAACAUGGCGUUAUUGUAAUGGCAUAUAGUCCGUUUGGAGCUAUUCUUGGUCGUAAACAAAAUGGUCCGCCACCGCGUGCUGAUCAUCCAAUUCUAACGAAUUUAGCUGACAAAUAUAAUAAAAGUGUACCACAGAUCUUACUUAGGUAUUUGUUGAACCGUAGGCUGGUAGCUAUUCCUCGAUCAACGAACAAAGAACGUAUCAAGCAAAAUAUCGAUAUCAUGGACUUCACUCUUACAGCAGAAGAAAUCGAAAUUCUGUCUUCUUUUAAUAAGAAUUAUAGACUUCGGACUCCCGCUAAGUGGUAUUCACAUCCGUACUUUCCUUUUGAAAAGAAAAAUCUUACUGAUGCAGAAAUACAAUAUAUAAUUGAACACAGUAAGGAAGAUUAA